CAUAAAUUUUUCGCUUUUCCAAAAUUGCCCUCGUCACCACUCUCUCUCUCCUUUCUCUCACCUAUGGCCUCCGUCGCGCUUCUUCGCUCUAUCGGCCGCCGUGAACUCCACGCAGCUUCUUUCUCUGCGUUCAAAUUCAGUUCUGCUAGCGCCGACGGGAGACGACAGAGCUCCGGUUACAUGGAGUUAAAGAUAUCAUCGCCGUUGCGUCCGGUAAAGGCGGAGUGGGAAAGUCUUCUGUUACGUGUGAGGGUCAAUUGGGUCAAGGCAAAUGUUCUUGGGCCUAAAGGGGACAAUGAUCGAGUCAUUUGCUUUACUGUAGUGGGUUAUGGGCUGUGGCUGAGUCAAUAA